AUGUCUACUACCACGGAGUCCGCUCCGGCUCCGGCUCCCGCCCAGGCUGAGGUCUCCAACAUAUCUAUCAACGUUGAGUUCACAGGCGGCUUGGAGAUGCUAUUUUCAGAUCAGCGUCGCCAUUCUAUCUCCUUACCAGCUACGAACGGAGAUGGCAAGCCGACAACUAUCGCCGAUUUGAUCCAUCACCUAUGUGAACACACUAUGAAGGAUGCCCGCAAGGACCUCUUCGUUCUCCAAGAUCACCUCCGUCCUGGUAUCCUCGUCCUGAUCAACGACGCAGACUGGGAACUAGAGGGUGAAGAGGCUUAUGAGAUACAAGCAGGGGAUAAUAUCCUAUUUGUCUCUACGCUGCAUGGCGGGUAG